AUGUCUAGAUUAAAAUUUUACAAUGCCAUUAUCAAUCUCGUCUUUUGUAGUGUUUGUCUGGUCUGUUGUGAGGCCAAAAAACCGCCAUUGCCUCCAAGUCGUGAUACUUUACGGGGUACCAAAUUGGGUAAUAAAGCUGUUCCUGGUGAGAAAAUCUUUAAUGUAAAGAACUUUGGAGCCAUCGCAAAUGGAAAAAAAGAUGGCACACAGGCUUUCAUGAAAACAUGGGUUGCAGCAUGCCACUUCAAAGGAAGAGCCAGAGUGCUCAUCCCACCAGGGGCUUACGCUCUAGGACCACUCAUAUUUGCAGGGCCAUGCAGUGGUCCAAGCCCCAUUAUUGUUCAAGUUUCAGGCACUUUGAAAGGUGAUACAGAUAUUUCCCUCUACGAAGAACCUGCAUGGUUCCAAUUUGAAUCCGUGAACGGCUUAAUCGUCACCGGCGGUGGCUCUUUCGAUGGCCAAGGUCAAUCUGUCUGGAAAUAUAACGAUUGCAAGAACAACAAUGACUGUGCUCAACUCCCCUCUAACAUAAAGUUGAAUAAGGUCUCAAAUGCUAUCUUGAGAGGCUUUACUUCAGCAGACAGCAAAGGGGUUCACAUCUUCAUAACCAAUUCUCAGAACAUUAGGCUGAAGAGGCUUCAUAUACUUGCCCCAGCUGAUAGCCCAAAUACCGAUGGAGUUCAUAUUAGUACCUCAAACAAUGUCAAAGUAAGCAAAACUAUUAUUGGUACUGGUGAUGAUUGCAUUGGUAUGAUCAAAGGUUCCACCGACAUUGCCAUCAACAGAGUUAUUUGUGGCCCUGGACAUGGCAUUAGCAUUGGUAGCCUGGGAAAGUAUGAGAAUGAGGAAGAUGUAAGAGGCAUUACAGUGAAGAACACCACAUUUUUUAAAACAGACAAUGGAAUCAGAAUCAAGACAUGGCCAGGAUCAACUCCAAGUCAAGCUACUAGCAUGAUUUUCCAAGACCUAGUUAUGGAUAAUGUCAGAAACCCCAUCAUCAUCGACCAAGGCUACUGUCCCAAUGGUUGCAACAAACAGCCAUCUCGAGUAAAGAUUAGUAACAUUCAAUACAUAAACAUAAGAGGAACUUCGAGCUCAGAAGUGGCUGUGAAUUUGAUGUGCAGCCCACAAUAUCAGUGUGAAAAUAUUCACCUAUUCAACAUCAACUUGAGACAUUUGGGCAAAGGACCAGCCACUGCCACGUGUUCGAAUGCAAGAGUAAGCAGUUUUGGGGGAUUUCAAAGCCCACGUGUAACUUGUCAUUAGUUGCAUUAAUUGAUUAAUUUAAAAGAAUUAUUUGGAAGAAAAAAUUACAACCUUCUUCUGAUCGAUGAUUUAUAUUGCUCAACAAAUAAUUAAUUAAUACUUAAUUGAUUUGAUUAUGUAUAAUGUACAAGGGAGAAAAUG